AUGGUCACUUCUGAUUUAAACUCAAGAUGUCAAGUUGAUCUGAUAGAACUGCAGUCAAACAGAGAUGGCGAAUAUAAGUUCAUAAUGGUGUAUCAAGAUCAUUUAACUAAGUUUGUUCAGCUACAACCUUUGAAAACUAAAAGAGCUGAAGAAGUAGCUUUGCCAAGAACACUACAUACCACGAAAGAAUACGCCAAAGUCCUUAUGAAGCCAUGUUUGGCGUUAAAGCAAAAAGAGCCUAGCGAACAAAUCGCAAAUAUUGAAAUCGAAGAACAACUCGAAGAAAUUGACAAUACUUUUGAAACUGAAGGACAGCUUGAAGAAACUGUUAAUACUUCUGAAAAAAAUUUGAGCAGUGGUUAUAUCGAAAACCAUAUUCCAAAGAAAAAUAUUGAAGAGGACCUGCAAUCUAUAACGUCUUCACAUCAAGUUCUGACUAAAAAACACGAGUUAAUUUCUAUAAAAAGAGCGGCCGCGAAAGAGAAUCUUCUACUGCACGCAACAAAAAUAUUACGAACCUCACAAAAACAAUUUCCUCCUGCUCAAAUUGGUGAUACUGUACGAAUACAAGUCCCUAAUGUCGACCGUAGUCGUACAGAUAGCCGAAAUGUGUUAGCGGUUGUUGUUGGAAUGGAAGACUCCGACUUCUAUAAACUGGCAAAUAAAAAUGGUACCCUCAAGCAGCUUUACACACGUAAUCAAUUCGUAAUUUGUACAGAAAAGUUACUUUUCAUAGAUGAGAUUUCUUUGCAAGAAAUGUUGCUGAGAGAAGCAGCUGUAGGUAAUUCGAGAAGCGAGGGGCAAGGCUAUACACACUAUCAUUGCAAAAGGAAGUGUUCCACAAAAAAAUUCAGUUGUAAAAGCAAGGUUCUUGUGCAAUUCAAAGUGUCAUAA